CAGCCAAGCGGCGCAGUAGUCUGUUCGCUCUCUCGGACACGCGUUCGACCACACACGUGUGUUUACUUGCUGCUCUGGGAAUUACUUCAAUUCACUUCUUUACGUUUUUUGCCUUGGACCGAUUGGACUUUCAACAUCGACAGUUUCUGUUUGUGACUGUUCUCGGUCGGAGUGGAGAGUGGAAGUUCUUUUUAUAAGUUAAAAAAGCAAAAGGAAAAUGUCAUCCGAACCACGGAUCUUCAAAUCACCCCACGAUAGAGACCCGAGCCUUUUGCCAGAAAUGAGCAUUGUGGAUUACUUACUGAAAAGGCUGAAAGAAAAUGGACUCGACAAAACCGACACAAUUUGGGUGGCAAAUGCGUCUACGGGAGUCAACGUCUAUUUCAAAGACAUUGAGAAGGAUUCUAUAAAAGUGGCCAGCGCCUUGACCCGACUCGGUUUUAAAAAUAAAGACGUUCUAUAUUUCGUCACCUAUGAAACGGCCGUCCUAUACAUCAUUCAAUUGGGCGUUUGGAGAUUGAACGGCGCCGUCCGCGGCGGAUUCCAAAAAGAAACGCCAGAGGAGUACGCGCGACAGAUGAAGGAUUCGAAGGCGCGAUAUGUGUUGGUGGACAAGGAGACGUACCCGCUCGUGCAGAAGUCGGUUGAAAUCAUGCCCUGGCCAGUGAAGAUAAUUUCUUUUGAUGAUGUUGGCAAGCCAGAAGUUGCGACUGUUAAAUCUCUCUUGGAGGAUGACGGCUCAGCCAUGCCUGAACAUGUUGAAAUCAACCCGAAAGAAGACAUAGUUUGCAUCCCAAAUACAAGCGCCAGUACUGGACUUCCAAAAGGCGUUUGCCACACGCACUUCACCUUGAUGAUGCAGAGUUACGACCCCAAGUCAGUCGACAUCUUCAUGUGGCCCUUCAUGACCCCCAUGAGCAAUUACGCCGCGGGAAGCUUCAUGGCCUCCUGCAGCUCCAUCACCAACGGCUCGUCGGUUUACCACCUCGGCAAAUUCGAGAAGGAAACGUAUUUUGAACAAUUGGCCAAGUACAAACCUGGAAAUUGCUUGAUGUAUCCGUUUUUGGCAAACUGGUUCAUCCGGAGUGAGGAGCUCGAAAAAUACGACCUGAGCUUCCUUCACAUGGUGACCAUAGCGGGUUCAGUGCUCGACCCAGCCACUGCAGAUCUGAUUCACACCAAGUUACCAAAUGUGCGCAUUGCUCAGUUUUAUGGAAUGACCGAGUGCUUUUUAAUUUCCGGCACAGAAGUGGACACAACACCUGAUACGCCGCGCAACAGGAGAAAUCCUACCAAAGAAAACCAAGGGGAAAUAAGCGUGUCGUCUGGAAAACUGUCGCCAUAUGUACAAGCAAAGAUUGUUGAUGUCAGCAGUGGAAACCUGCUCGGGCCAAAUGAGAGGGGCUUGAUUUAUGUCAGAGCACCGACGCUCAUGAAAGGUUACCUCAGGGAAGGUCACGAAAAGCCUGUUUUACCAGAAGACGAGGUAGAAGAUGGAUGGCUCAGAACUGGAGAUAUUGGAUUCUUUGACGAACAUUCCAACAUUUAUGUGCUGGAAAGAACAAGUUUCUUAUUUAAGUACUACAUGUUCUUUGUGUCCCCCACUGAGAUCGAAAACACUGUCAAGCUUCACGAGGACGUUUUGGAAGUGGGUGUUGUGGACAUUCCAGACCCAAAGUGCACCAGCGUGGCGCGAGCGUUUGUCCGCCGAAAAGCAAACGCGACCUGCACCGAAGAGGAACUUGUGCAAUUCGUGGCCCAACGUCUGCCGGAGCACAAGCAACUGCACGGGGGUGUUCAAUUUGUUGAUAAAUUGCCUGAGAGCAAAGGCAACAAACUGGACAGAAUCGCCCUCAAGAAAUUGGCACUUGCGAAAAAAUGAUUAUUUCCUGUGUACGGGAUAACUUUAAUUUAGAACUCUUUCUUGGCAAUAUGUUUUUUUUUAUUUAGUUUUGAAACUUUUUAGCAUAUUUCAUAAUAAUCUUCAUUUAUAAGCAAGAUUUACAAAGAAAUAAAUCCAACAGCGUAA